CAUAAGCAUGAGAAGUGGCCUUUAAAGCUGUGGGACUGAAGGAGGCUGCGAAGGAGAGACCAGGGAUAAAAGAGAGGAGGUCCUGGGGCCCUCCAGUGAUAAGAGGACAGAAAGAGGAACAAGGAGAGGAGACUAUGAGGAAGCAUCCAGCAGUGUCAGAAAACAGUCUCCUGGUCUAAGCUGCUUGAGCGGACUGAUCCAACCGUAUUAAGAGCCUUUGAGAGCCAGAUUCUCAGGCACUUCUGAGGGGAGCUGAAUAGACGGACCCUGUGGGUGACCUGACUUUAUCAUGCAACCUGAAGACUUUGGUUCUGAGGACAAAGAGAUAUUAAGCUGGGAUAUUAAUGAUAUGAAACUGCCACAGAAUGUGAAAAAGACCGACUGGUUCCAGGAAUGGCCAGAUUCCUACGAGAAGCACAUCUACAGCUCAGAGGACAGGAACGCGCAGCGGCACCUGAGCAGCUGGGCCAUGCGCAACACGAACAACCACAACUCACGCAUCCUCAAGAAGUCCUGCCUGGGCGUGGUGGUGUGCAGCCGCAACUGCUCUGUGGAAGAGGGGCGCAAGAUCUACCUGAGACCUGCCAUCUGUGACAAAGCCCGGCAGAAGCAGCAGAGGAAACGCUGUCCCAACUGCGAAGCUCCUCUGAAGCUGAUUCCUUGCCGAGGCCACGGGGGCUUCCCGGUCACCAACUUCUGGAGGCACGACGGACGCUUCAUCUUUUUCCAGUCAAAGGGAGAGCAUGAUCAUCCGAGACCAGAAACCAAAUUGGAAGCGGAGGCAAGAAGAGCGAUGAAGAAGGCGCAGUCAGCAUCUUCCUCCGGCUCCCUGCAGCUCAAGGGGGGCCCCGAGACAAAGUCUCUUCCAGGGGAAAUGCAGACUUGGGGAAAUUUACCUUUAACCUGGUCUUUCCAAGAAGGCGUCCAAUUGUCGGGCGGUUACAGUGGACAUUUAAUAGGUAACAUGCCCCAGCAGAAGUCACUGAAUGAUUGCUUAUCCCUCUCCAAGGGUUAUGGUCUGGGGGGAGCCGCUAAUAUGGCAGACCCCACUUCCACCUUGGGCCCCACCAAGCUCUAUGAGAAGUGCAAGUUGCCCAGUGGUCGGCUUUGCAGCAGUGGGGAGCUGCUUCAGCCGGUCUCCGGAGUCUUCCCUGACUACAGUGAUCUGCAGCCAUGGAAUAAAAAUGCUGCUUUGGGGAGAAAUCCUCUUAAUGACAACUAUUGUCCCAAUUACACUUUUCCUCUGACCAACUGGCCUUACGACUUCUCCCCUUCCCAGAACUCUGCAGAACCCUUUUUCCAACAGAUUCCAGUGGAACCACCUGCAGCCAAACCUAGCUGUCACCCAUUAUGGCCAAAUCCAGGGGGUGAUCUUUACGAAGAGAAGGUGCAUGCAGAUUUUAACAGCUACUACCCUUCCACCACAGGCCAUCCCCCUCAGGAAGACCCCUUUCUCCUCACCUACACCCCUCAUCCUCACCACCAAUAUUCGCUGCCAGGCAAGAGUAGCAAAUGGGAUUUUGAGGAAGAAAUGAGGUACAUGGGUUUGGAUCACUGCAACACGGAAAUGCUUCUAAACUUCUGUCCUUUAAGAUGAUCCCAAUCUGAACCCUUGUGCACUGUGAGGUCCAGGAAGACAAUUUGCUGCAGCCACUGUGGAAAACAAUAUGGAGGUUGCUCAAAAAAUUAAAAGCAAAACUACCAUAUGAUCCUGCAGUCCCACUUCUGGGUAUAUAUUUGAAGGAAAUGAAAUCACUAUCCCGAAGAGGUAGCUGCACCCCCAUGUUCCUUGCAGCAUUAUUUACAAUAGGCAAGACAUGGAAACAUCUAAGUAUCCAUCACUGGAUGAAUGGAUAAAGAAAAUGUGGGGUGUAUAUAUAUAUAUAUAUAUAUGUAUAUGUAUAUAUAUACAUAUAUACACACAAUGGAAUACUACACAGCCAUCAAAAAGGAAAUGCUGUCUUUUGCGACCAUAUGGAUGGACCUUGAGGGCAUUAGGCUAAGUGAAAUACAUCAGACAGAGAGAGAGAGGCAAAUACUGUAUAAUCUCACUUAUGUGUAGAAUAUUUAAAAACUCCCAAAUUCAUAGAAACGAAGAUCAGAUUUAUUGUUGCCAAAGGCAGACGGUAAAGAGUGGAAGAAUUGGGUGAAGGUGGUCAAAAGGUACAAACUUCCAGUUUUAAGAUAACUAAGUUCUAGAGGUAGAAUAUAGAGCCUGAUGACUAUAGUUCACAAUAUCAUAUUGUAUAUUUGAAACUUGCUAAAAGAGUAGAUCUUAAAAAUUCUCAUCACAAGGGAAAAAAAAUCUGUAACUUUGUGAGGUGAUUGAUAUUAACUAAGCUUAUUGUAAAAAUUUUGCAGUAUAUACAUGUAUUGGAUCAUUAUAUUGUACACUUUAAAUGUAUACAAUGUUAUAAGUCAAUUACAUCUCAA